AUGGAUUCCAGUAUUGGAAGGGUACGCGUCAUCCUUCGAAUCAGACCCCUCGUUAGGGCGGAGCUCAUGGACGGCGGGGGUGUCAGUGUUCAGGCACGAGGAUCCUCUAUAUUUCUUCAAAAUGACACAUCAUAUAUGUUCGAUUCUGUACUAGGCCCUGAGUCCUCUCAGGAGGAUGUAUCUGCAGAGGUGCUGAACGGGUUGCUUGCACCAUUCAUUCAGGGGUACAACUGCACCGCCUUUGCAUAUGGUCAAACUGGCGCGGGAAAAUCCUACACCAUUGGGGUGCCGAACCAGACAUCCCUGAGCUAUGUGGAGGCGUGUCUUGGAGAAGCCAAUAAAGAAAGUCAUGCUGGCGCAGAUGUAAGCGACGUCGACGUGGACCCUCAAACUAAAUUUGCGUCUGUCGGCCUUAUCCCUCGCUUCAUCGUUCAACUCUUUGAUGCCUUGGCCAGCAUUCAGUCUGUGUGGAAAGUAAGAGUGUCCUUCCUGGAGGUUUAUAACGAGACGCUUAGAGACCUUCUUUCCCCGGAGACAGAUUCGUCUUCUUUGUGCAUACGCGACUACAAAGGAAAGGUCGUCGUCCAGAACUUAACUGAGCGAGAAGUCUCCAGCGCAAAGGAUGCCGCUAGGUGCUUUGUUAACGGCGGUAUCUUGCGUGUUACAGCCGUCACCGCUAUGAAUGAGCGGUCUUCUCGAUCCCACAGCAUCUUCACGGUCACCCUUGAGCGCGUUCAGGAUAAUAAGAAGUUUCUCUCCAAGUUUUCCUUUGUUGACCUUGCGGGCUCUGAACGAGCAAAGAAGUCUGGGGCCACAGGCCUCCAAUUCAAGGAGAUGGUCGGCAUUAACUCCGGGCUGUUGGCUCUAGGAAACGUGAUCAGCGCUUUGGCAGCCAAUCAAGACUCAAGGGAGAAGCGGCAUGUACCGUACAGAGACUCUAAGCUUACUAGACUUUUGCAGGACUCCCUCGGCGGCAGCAGCACAACCAUAAUGAUAGCAAACAUAAGCCCGUUCAUCGGCAAUUUUGAUGAGACCAAUAGUACUAUUCUUUACGCUGCACGUGCACGGAACAUAAUUAACGUCCCGGUGGCUUGCCACGAGGAGCUCAACCUUGGCCAAGCACAGGAUCAAGUGCGCCAGCUUAUCAAGGAGCUUGAGAAAGAGAAUCUAACGAUGAAGGCAGAUCUUGACCGAGUCAGAAAGCAGCGAGAUGACCUGCGAGGUGAGAUAGAGAUCCUUGAGGCACAGCUUUUAGAACGCAAUGCAAGACUAAUUACAAUGGCCAAGGGUGCCGCUCUCGAGCCUUCAACCCAGCAGGCUUUGGGUAGCAAUCAGCUGGACAAUCUAGGAAAUCUGAGUGUGAAUGCUGGAGUCAAAGAGAUACCUGAAGUUGUGCGAGAGCUCGUGCGUAGUAACUGUAUUGCCAUUGAACAAGAGUUUGGCACGUUUUAUGCGCCCAAAAAGAUUCAGACCAUUAGAUUGCUGUUAGAUUUAUUAACAGAUUACAUUUGUAAGACGUACCCUGUCGAUAACAGUAAUUACAAUGAUGUAUUCAAGGCACUUGUUAAUCAAAAUGUUAUAAGUUCACUGAAAAGUGCCAAUGCGCGUAGCUCAACUGGCACGGGAGGCAAAGCUGCUGGGCCGUCUUUUACAAAAAAGAAGGCAUCUAGCUCAAAGCAGCUGCUAACCAAUGAGCAUAACAGCGCAAUGUUUUCCGAUACCGUGGUUGCCACACUUAUUGAUGCGUUACUGCUACUUAGAAAGGCUGGGUCGGCACCGCUUAAUAAGCGCAAGAAGCAGCCUCGUAAAAGCUCAAGGGCUGCGCUUAGAGAACACUCUAAACUAGAUAAUCAGCAGGGCAAUACCGAGGCACCGUCAACCAACGGCGUGCUGUCAGAACAACUCUCGAAAGAGAGUGUAAUCUUUACCAACACGUCUUCCUCUACUUCCUUGCUGAAAGUCAGCAUGCUGGACAAGAGUACAAGCAGCGACGUGUCUCCAGUCAAUGUGAGUGAGUUCUUGGAUCGAUCGCUAUAUGAACAUAACAACAAGGGCGAAGGAGAUGAAGAACAGCAAGAUGUAUAUGACUUAGCCUACAGGGAUAUAGUUGAUAAUACAAGGAAUGUCCCGGAGGGAUCUGCAGCGCUGACAGCGAUUAAGGAUCUGAUAAAACGCCUCAUAUCUAAAGAAGCGUGCCCAGAAGAGAUAUACCACUCAACUGUCACCGCUAUGAUGGCACUCCAGAAGCAGCAAGAGCAUAUUCUUGAGCUAGAGGGUCAAAUGACAUACAUACAGCAGAAAGUGCAGGGGAAAACUUGUGACGAGAAUGUAAUCGAGUUGAGAACCCGCAUAAAAACCUUAGAGGAAGAGCAUAGAGUUGCUCUCGAGGAACUGCGCACAAAGGAACAAGUUCAGCUGGCGAUGAAUCAGGUACAAGCGCGAUUCCAGUCAAUGAUAGAACGGUAUAAGAAGGAGAUUAUCGAAAAGACACGAGCAUGUGAGGAGGCCAACAGGCUCCUUAAGUCACAAAGGAUGAACCAAUCGUUCAACGAAACCCCAAUCAAGCCAAAGAGGCCAGGAAGCAAUCGUCUCAGUAUGGGUCAGAUGCAUGCACACAGACGUGUGCAGUCGAACACCGAACACGCAUUUGCAAUGAUAGACUCCGGCUAUGCACCAGCAGUUCAUGCCAAGCACGCACACCAUCUGUCCUCAGUUAAUAUGACGGAUUGUAGGCCAAAAAGCAAAAAAGAUAUCGGUCAGAGUCACCAGAAACUAGGCAACAGGGACACUAAGCUGGCUGAACUAGAUAGAAAGCUAGAAGAUCUGCAAUCUCUCUAUGCUUAUAAUGCUAAAAAUGAGGAAGUACUAAGGAACAGGGUAGAGGAGCUAGAAGCGGAGAGAGAUAGCCUGGCGAGCGAGAAGCUUUCUCUCCAAAAGAGAUUGUCACAACUUGAGCAGGACAUAAAGAUGCGUGUGGUUUCUCCAGUUAGAGCAUCUGUGGAGGGAGUGCCACAACUCCGGAGACAACUCCAGCAGCAGCCCCGUCCUCGACAAUCCUCAGGUGCAAGUGGUACUCCCCAGGCAGCUAACCAGAGAGAAAGAAAUCCUGAUGAGCUGAAGGGGUUACAGCUGCAAGGGCUGCCGAUGCUUGGAGCACGUCAGAAAAGCUAG